AUGACUUUCUACGGCGUUAACGCCAUCGAGCUCACAACACAAAAGCCAGACUACAAGUUCGUUUCAAAAGUGGAAUCAGUUUUAACUCCAUGGCGAAAGAAUUCAUUCCAUCAUAAAAAACUUUGGAAAGCUCUCUAUGCGCAGCCAGCGCAAGACUCCAAUUUGAAGGUUGAUUUCAAAACAACUGUCGCUCAUAAUAAAACGGACGAGCCAUUCACGAAAAUCACAUUUGACGAUGAUUCCAGUUUGACACUGAAAGCAGAAAACUUGGAAUUCAACUAUAUGAUACCUCUCGCAAUCGAGGGGAAACUCGAAGAGAAUUUAGAUCGAAACGUGCGCAAAAGUCUUAUAACGCUGUUCAAUGGCGGAGAUCAUCAGAAUUUAAGCUGCAAGGCAAUGAAAGAAGCCAGAAAAUCCUUGGAACGGGUUGCAGAAGCAAAAGACGAAAAACUCGCCCGGUAUCUAGCAAUGACCAACACUGCCAAGCGAGAGUGGGAAAUCAAAGAGGCGCAUCAAGAUUUUGUCUCGCUUCGAAAAAGCUUCCAAAAUUUGGCGCUGGACUACACCUUUCGCCAAAAUGUCUUUCACUUCGAACACCGAAAUGUUAUCCUGAGCGCACUCGGUCAGAUAAUGAAUGCAUACCAAGCUUACCAUAAGGAAUGUGCUGCGGCGACUGCGGUCGUUCAGCCAGAGUUGUUAGAAUUGAGUCAACGGCAACAAGAGCUGCAGAUGCAGCAAGAAUCGCUCUCUAGCCGUUGGAUAAAAGAGCAAGAAUCUGCUCAAGGACAGACAGAUCAAGGAGUGUAUACAUGCCCCAAUGCUGAUGGCAAGAUGGAAAACCCCGGCAAAGCUAUCAUUGAAGGAUACCUGUACAAGAAAAGCCACACUAAAGAAAGAUCGUGGUCUCAGUUUCGAAGCUGGCAACGACGCUGGUUCCGUGUAAAGGACGGGCACUUUCAGUAUACGAAACGAGGGAGUUUUGAAUUUGAAACGGUCACUGCUGAUAUUCGUCUGUGUAAUGUUAGAGCGUCGCCAGAUCUUGACAAGCACGAGCGUAGAUUCUGCUUUGAGAUACAACUCCCGACCCGGGCUAUGCAACUUCAAGCCGAAUCAACAGCGAUUCGGGAUGCAUGGGUACGUGGGCUAAACUCGGCCAUUUCCGUGCAACACAAUCAAGCCGAAAGCAAUCAAGCUUCUAAAUCUUCAAAUAAAAACGCAACGAAGAACACUCCGACAAAACCUCCGCGAAACGAACAGCCACCGCGCCUUGCUUCAAAGCUUAUCUCAAACGGACUGAAAGAAAUAGUAGCCAUCGAGGGUAAUGACAUCUGCGCCGAUUGUGGUGCAAAGGAACCAAGUUGGAGCUCUACAAAUCUCGGCAUAACCAUCUGCAUACAAUGCAGCGGUACCCACCGAGCGUUAGGGGUUCAUUUGUCAAAAGUACGUUCGUUGACUCUAGACUCGUGGGAGCUUGAAACCCUCUCUAUCAUGAAACGGUUGGGGAACGCAAAGGUUAAUCGCUUCCUUGAAUACAAGCUGCCGGUUAACCAGAAGAUCGAGCAAGCAUGUAGCGCGGGAUCGCGAACUGAGUUUAUCCACAAAAAGUACGUCGAGAAAUCAUGGACAGCUGACAUCGUCGACAUUGCGACCAAUUCGAAACAAAUGGGACUUUUAAAAAGCCCUGCCAAGUCUCCAACGAAUAUGAACAUAGACUGCUACUUAAAAUAUGCGAUUGAAGAAGGAAAUUUCCCUACUAUUCUUGCUGCUACUUUUGCCGGAGCAUCCCCCACCGCUAAUAUUGGCUCAGAAACGCCUUUGCAUGUCGCAGUGUCUACUAAAUCUCUGCUAACAAGUGAGCUUCUUUUGAUGAACGGCGCUCAGGUUAAUCAACAAGUGCCAACCCUGAAUGACGGAACCGUUUUAAAACGAGCGAUCAAGAUGAACGAUAUUGCAAUGGUUUCACUCCUCCUUAAGCGCAGAGCUUCUAUCGAACUCAAAGACUCAUCCGGAAAGACAGCAAUUGACUGGGCCCAAGAAAGCGAAGAUGCUUAUGUCUUGACAACCUUGCGCUUUAAAAAGAUGACGGAUUUACUGAUGCAAGAUGGCGGUAAUCAGCAAACUGAGCAGCAGUUAUCUCAGAUGAUUAAAGAAAACUUGCUCGCUGGAAUCAAAGAGGAGCUCCUCGGUAAACGCACGAUAAAGCCAUCACGUGAUGAUAUUCUAUCGACUCCGGACUCAUGCGCAGGAAGCACAUCAGAGGAAGAUACUCUAAGCUAUGCCUCUGACUUUGCUUCCAGCAAACGCGCACAUGCUCAAAAUAAAAAGAAAGCGCGGCGAAAAGGAACACCAAAAUCGGUUGUAUUCAACGAGCGAAAAUCAAAGCAGACAAAAUUGAUCUACAAAUUGGUAAUAGAAUCUCUCAAGUAUCGAACUGUGCUGGAAGAGCUGCUCAAGAAAACACAAAUCGGGAAAGAAAUCAAAGGGCAAGGACCUGGGCUCGGCAAACUGAGCUGUGUAGAAACCUGUCACAGCGUGCUCAAAAAUGGCCUGACACUUAUGAAAGUAAAACGAAAAGCGAAUUGCAAUGAAGAUCUCCUCCCGAAAGAUGUGACAACACACAUGCCAAAGUAUGCACGAGUAAAUAUGCUGGCUGGAAAAUCUGUGAAGGAAGUUGAAAUGUCGCUUCAGGAAUCUUUCAAUAUAUUGCGACCUUCUCCUCACGAAUUCGUGCAAAGCGCUCUGGACAUGUCAGCUAAAGAUGUUGUUGUGGACCCGAGCUUGAGUGGACUCUUUGCAUUUCAUUCGUCCACGAAUAUUGCUGAUUUGAUAUUGAACAAAGAAGGCUUUCUCAUCAUUCAAGAUCGCGCAUCUUGUCUACCACCGUUUGUUCUAGCACCGAAAAUCGGUGAAACUGUGCUUGACUGCACAGCCGCUCCGGGAAAUAAAACUCACCAGCUAGCCUCGUGUGUAGGAAGAAGUGGAAAAGUUAUCGCUUGUGAAGCCGAUCCAAAGCGUUUUCGACUGCUUUCUACCAGAAUGAAACAACUGUACGCUGGAGAAAUCGUGGACAGUAAACUUCAAGAUUACCUUAAAAUAGAUGUAAACCAAAAGCCAUGGUCAGAUUGCACAAAGAUUAUGCUGGACCCUAGUUGCUCUGGCUCAGGAAUGGCACAUAGAAGGCUGAUGCAAGAGGAAGACUCCAAGGAAAGAAUAGAAAGUCUAGCGAAGUUUCAGGAAGAAGCACUUCUCAAAGCGACGACAUUCCCAAACGCAAAGGAAAUAACGUACAGCACCUGUAGUACGCAUGAUAGAGAAAACAAUGAAGUUGUGAAUGCUGUCAUCGAAAAAGCACCGAAUUGGGAAAUAGCGAAUGCCUUCGAGCGGGUUAAAACUUUCUGUAAAGAUGAUGUUACGAAAACGAUAUCGGUUCAGCCUUUCACUUCUGCUACAAAUGGCUUUUUUGUUGCCCUGCUGAGAAGAAAAGAAAAAUAA